CUGCCUCGCUCGCCUUGGACGAAGUGUUUGAAUAAACAUUUGCAACUCCAAACCCGACCCUUGCCACUCGCCCCUGCUGCCCCUCUGCAAGCGCGCAUCUCAGAUGCCUGGGGACGAGGGGAGAUUUUGAGAUCCUGUUACUUACUCAAGUCCUUAGAUCUGUUUCCUGAUCCCGGUGCUUGCAAGUGUUUCAGGGCUCCUCUUCUUCCUCUCCCUCCCCUUAAACACAGCACACUCUCCCCCUUCCCCCUCCGACCCCUUUACCAAACCUGCCUUCCGGAGACUUGUUGAAAGAACCCCUGGUUUCUUCUCGACCGUAGAGCCCAAAGUUUUGCCUGCCGGAGCAGCAGCAGACUUUACUGAGAAGCUGUGUACUGGCGUUCGUUCACUCUCAGAGCCUUUCUCCCUGCUGUCUCCCGGGAGCUUGGAAGGUUCUCUCCUAAACAGAGAGCUAGUAAGCUUCUCUGAGAUCAAACAGGAAGUAGACUGGUGGUUAAGGAGAAAAUGAACUUGGGAGCAUAAAUCCAGAAUAGAGAUUUCCAACUGGAUCACCUCCUGCAUAAAGUCCUGCUGUGAGCUGGUGUGGGUCCUGCCUCGCCGAUUGUCAGUGCUCAUUUGACUUGAACGAAGUCAGUCUCCUGAGAACCUUUUUCUGAGUGAUUCCAACUUCCGAACAAGUUUGCCAUGGUAGGGGGUUUCGAUCCCUUGCCAGGUUUGCCCUGAACUAUGAGUGAAUACGUGUAAAACUGGGUAAGAAGAGUGACCUUUUUGGGUGGCUGUAACUGAAGAUUGCUUUGCAGAAGCAACUAAAGUAGGUUUUUGAGUCAUGAUGCAAGAAUCUGGGAUUGAGACAAAAAGUAACGGUUCAGCCAUUCAGAAUGGAGCAAGCAGUGGCAACCAUUUACUAGAGUGCAGCCUACGGGAAGUGAGAUCCAACGGUGAGACACCCUCAGUUGAAAUUGGGGCUGCAGAUUUAGCACAUCUUCAGCAACAGCAGGCUCUGCAGGUGGCCCGACAGUUUCUACUGCAGCAGCAGCAGCAAGUUAGUGGAUUAAAGUCACCCAAGAGGAAUGACAAGCAACCAGCCCUUCAGGUAAGAAAGGUUCCUGUGUCAGUGGCUAUGAUGACACCUCAAGUUAUCACUCCCCAACAAAUGCAGCAGAUUCUCCAGCAACAAGUGCUAACUCCCCAGCAACUCCAGGUCCUGCUCCAGCAGCAGCAGGCACUCAUGCUUCAACAGCAGCAGCUUCAAGAGUUUUAUAAGAAACAACAGGAACAGUUGCAACUUCAACUUUUGCAGCAACAACAUGCUGGAAAACAGCCUAAAGAGCCACAGCAACAGCAAGUGGCUUCACAGCAGUUGGCCUUUCAGCAACAGCUCUUACAGAUGCAGCAACUGCAGCAGCAGCAUCUCCUCUCUUUGCAGCGCCAAGGUCUGCUCACCAUCCAGCCUGGCCAGGCUACACUGCCUUUGCAGCCUCUCGCUCAAGGCAUGAUUCCAACAGAAUUGCAGCAGCUCUGGAAAGAAGUAACAAGCUCUCACACAGCAGAGGAAACAGCCAGCAACAAUCACAGCAGUUUGGACCUGUCCACCACAUGUGUCUCCUCUUCAGCACCUUCUAAGACCUCCUUAAUAAUAAACCCACAUGCCUCAACUAAUGGACAGUUAUCGGUCCACACUCCUAAAAGGGAGAGUUUAUCCCACGAGGAGCACUCACAUAGCCAUCCACUCUAUGGACAUGGUGUAUGCAAAUGGCCAGGCUGUGAAGCAGUUUGUGAAGACUUCCGGUCAUUUCUAAAACAUCUCAACAGUGAGCAUGCGCUGGAUGAUAGAAGUACAGCCCAAUGUAGAGUACAAAUGCAGGUUGUACAGCAGUUAGAGCUACAGCUUGCAAAAGACAAAGAGCGCCUGCAAGCUAUGAUGACACACCUGCAUGUGAAGUCAACUGAACCAAAAGCCACCCCUCAGCCGCUGAAUCUGGUAUCAAGUGUCACACUGUCAAAGACUGCCUCUGAGGCUUCUCCACAGAGCUUACCUCAUACUCCAACCACCCCAACUACACCCAUCACUCCUGUCAUCCAGGGACCUUCUGUCAUCACUACCACCAGCAUGCACAAUGUUGAACCAAUCAGGAGGCGGUGCCCUAAUAAAUACAACGUGGCCAUUUCUUCAGCAGAUCUUGCUCAGAACCAAGAAUUUUAUAAGAAUGCAGAGGUUAGACCACCAUUCACAUAUGCAUCUUUAAUUAGGCAGGCCAUCCUCGAAUCUCCGGAAAAGCAACUAACACUAAAUGAAAUCUACAACUGGUUCACACGAAUGUUUGCUUACUUCAGGCGCAAUGCAGCGACAUGGAAGGGUGCCAUUCGCACCAACCUCUCACUGCAUAAGUGCUUUAUCAGAGUAGAGGAUGAGUUUGGGUCCUUUUGGACUGUUGAUGAUGAAGAGUUUAAACGUGGCCGUCAUAUUCAACGAGGCCGUCCUCGAAAAUUCUGCCCUGAUGAAAACUUUGGCGAGCUUGUGGCACAUAACCCUUCUCUUAUUAAAAACAUACAGACCAGCCACACCUACUGCACACCUCUCAAUGCUGCUUUACAGGCUUCAAUGGCUGAUAAUAGUAUACCUCUAUACACUACUGCUUCCAUGGGAAAUCCCACUCUGGGCAAUUUAGCCAAUGCUAUGAGGGAAGAUCUUAAUGGUGCAAUGGAGCAUACGAACAGUAAUGGGAGUGACAGUAGUCCAGGACGUUCCCCUAUGCAAGCAAUGCACCCUGUGCAUGUCAAAGAAGAACCGUUGGAUCCGGAUGAAAACGAAGGCCCACUCUCCUUAGUGACAACAGCCAAUCACAGUCCAGAUUUUGAUCACGAUAGAGAUUAUGAAGACGAACCUGUAAAUGAGGACAUAGAAUGAGUAUGCCUGAUGUCAUUAUCCUGAGAAUGAAGAUUGAAAAAACACGUCAAAUUUAGCUGUGAAAUCUCUCCAUUAUUGUACAGUCUGGAGGAUUCUCAGUACACUUUUGACAACUAUGAAAUAUGUUAACUCUUAGUGCCAUCAAGUAUCCCAUUUGGGAGUAUUUUUGAUUUUUCUACUUUUUGUUGAAAAAAGGAAUUUGUACUCUGUGCAUUGGAUGGACUUGUUUGGUACUUGGGAUUAUUUUCCUCUCUUACAGUCAACAUCAGUGUUGUAAAUUUGCGAAACUGAUUCACUUACCCACAUAUAGCAGCAGGUUUCGGACUGCAGUCCUGCCAAUUUUGGACACUGAGGACAUCAAACUCUGAGCAUGUAGACCUAAACUGCAGAUCAAGCCUUUGCCCAGAUUUUAAGGAUUCCAAUGGACAACAUAUUUGCACAGUACUGCAUGUUGGUUAUCACUGCCUUUACUCCCCCACCCCUCUUUUUUUUUUGUUUUUGUUUUGUUUUGUUUUGCUUCCAUUUGGGAUGGGGAAGGCAUGUGUGUGUGCGCGCGCGUAUGUGUGUAUACUGGCGAGGGGGUUACAAGACAAAUUAUCCCAAACUUUUUAAUGUAUUGCUUUUAUUUCCUCUCCCCUCCUCCCCUUCUGCUCUACCAUUUUAAGUUCUGACCUCAGGCCACAUCUCGGCCCAGGGCCUCUUGGAGGCUUAAUGUUUUUCUGUACUUUGUGAUGAAUGUUAAUAGGUGUUUUUAUUAUACAAAGCUGAAUGUCAUUGAAUUGUUUGUAGUUUUUUCCGUCAUUCAUUCCAGUCUCCUUCAGAUGCCAUCAUGUUUUCUUUAGCUAUAGAAAACAUUCCAUUUUGGUGUCUGUUUUUUUGAAAAGGUCCCAAAUGCUGCACUGUGUACGCAUCGAAGGGUCAUCCAACAGAGAGAGAGAGACAGAAAUGAAGUACUGUAAGAAUGCGAAUGAAUGACAGAUGAACAUAGAAAUACUGUAGGAAGCAACACACAUUCAUUCCACAAAGCAGGGGUUUUUUGGUUUGGGUUUUUGAUUUUUUUUUUUUUUUUUUUUGGCAGCAUUGGUGAAUAUU